AUGGCCGAGGCUGCCGGCUCUCCGCGCCGCCCCGCCGCGGGCAGGUGCGAGGAGAGCGGUGCGGGAGCGGCGAGAGCCCGCUGGCGGCUGCUCGGACAGGUUCUGAAGAAAAAACACUUGAAAGAUGUGCAUCUCCAACAAGUGUCUGUAAGAAGGUUCGCAUCGUUCAAUCUCUUUUCAGUAGAAGACCAGAAUACAGAAGGGGAAACUGGGACCUGGGUUCAGUAUAAAAGCAUCUUUUAUCCUGAGUAUAGUGUGUCCUUAAGAUUUCACAACGGAUUCUUAAAUGUUAAAGAUGUUCUUACAAGUUUUGACAACACAGGGAAUGUCUGUCUCUGGCCAUCUGAAGAAGUACUGGCUUACUACUGCCUAAAGCACAAUGAAAUAUUCAGGGACCUUGCUGUGUGUGAGCUAGGGGGUGGCAUGACAUGCUUGGCUGGGCUCAUGGUUGCUAUUUCUGCAGAUGUCAAAGAAGUUCUGUUAACUGAUGGAAAUGAAAAGGCCAUCAAAAAUGUAAGUGAGAUCAUCACAAGAAACCAAAAUGCAGGAGUAUUUAAGGCUCAGAAAGUGUCAAGCUGCAUUUUACGAUGGGAUAAUGAGACAGAUGUCUCUCAACUGGAAGGACAUUUUGACAUUGUUAUGUGUGCUGACUGCCUGUUUCUGGACCGGUACAGAGCUAGCCUUGUUGAUGCAAUAAAGAGAUUACUCCAACCCAGUGGAAAAGCAAUGGUAUUUGCUCCACUCCGAGGGAAUACUUUAAACCAGUUUUGCAAUCUAGCUGAAAAAGCUGGUUUCUCUAUCCAAAGACAUGAAAAUUAUGAUGAACACAUUUCGAACUUCCACUCCAAGUUGAAAAAUGAAGAAAAAGAUACAUAUGAGGAAAACCUCCAUUACCCUUUUCUCCUCGUUUUAACCAAACACAGAUAGAAGAUGACACUUCUUUUUUUUGUUUUAAGGUGGACUACUGAAAAUUAAUCCAUGUAUGUGGAUGGUCAGGGAGUGGGAAGGGUUCAGUUCCCCCCAUUUUGUUCCUGAGUCAUCAUUAGAGAAAUAUUUCUAAUCUAAAUGCUGAGGAAGAUAUCAUGACU